AUGUCGCAAAGUGGCUCUUCUUCGAGGCAAGGGAGGAGGAUAGUCAUCCAGACGCCGUCCCAGAACGCAUCCCGGGCGUCUCUCUCCAACGCCAGGACGGGCCCAGGAACAGCUACAGGCACAGCGCCCCAGUCGUCUUCGACUCACACCUCCAUCCUGAAGAGCAUCCGCGACCUCCACGAUAUACACGAUAUCCAUGAUAUCCAGAGCGUCCGAGACCUGAACCUGACCCACCCGCGCACCCAACAGGAUGCAGCCCCCCCUCGACCGGCGGAGGGAGCAGACGCCCUCUGGGACCAGAUGCAGAGUGCUCUCGCCGAGGUAGAGCUCGCAGCCACUGGAGGUAGCCGCAUGUUUGGCACAUAUCAUCCAGACCUCGUGGAGAGUCUACGGGCCAAGCAGCUUGCGCUGGCUCAGGCAUGGGGCAGAACGGAGGGAGAGGAAGUGCCUAAUAACAGCAAUAAUGGCAACAGCAGCAACAACAGCAGCGGCAACAGCGGAAAUAAUAAUCACAAUAAUAAUAAUAAUAGCUCGUCUGGUGCGAACACAGCCGUGAUGGAGAUAGAGCAGAAUAAACCUCGGGAAGUUCUGGACGAAAAGACAGAGAAGGAUAUCACGCACGCCCGGAAGCGGAGAGAAGCCAACGACCGGUACUUUGAGCGAGUCAGCAAUGGUGUGCUGGACGUUGUUGCAAAGCUGGAAGACGUGGCUGAGACGAUGCGAGAGGUUGCGGACAAGAGCAAGGAGGUCUGGGCUGAGAGCGGGAGCAGACAGCCGCCAGUUGGCUCAACAGCUGAGCAGAGAGCGCCUGCACCUGCUGAUGACUGA